CAUCACUGUUUCACUCCGGCUUAUGUAGCUGAAGGAACUCCUUGGAUACACGGGCAUCAUGGUGAAAAUGAAUGGGUCCAAAUCAUGUCUAUAUUGACACACAUCCACCCGUAACAUUACCAUGUUUUAAUCAACCAACGGAGCAACAGUUCGGGGAUGGAGAGUGACAUUUUGGACUCCUUGGAGCAGCUCGGAUAUGACGGGCCUUUGUUGGAGGAGAAGGUGCUGCUAAGAGCGGCAGAGGGAGGCCUUUCGUCCCCGGAGUAUGUGGACCUCUGUCGGUGGUUGGCGUCUAGACUGAAGCCCGUCUGUGGUUUGGAGGAGAGCAUUGCAUCUGGACCAGACGACAUGGACAGCCUUCAGGUAGAGAUGAGCGGUUUGCUGAAAGAGCUGCACUGUCCGUUUGAAGGAGCCGUUUCAGGGAUCCUCCGGGGCAGCACACGGAGCACAAGAGACCACCUAAAGUUUGUCUUGUUUUUGAGCUCUGAGCUUCAGGCGGCUCAGAUCGUGAGCGGCAGAAGAGACUCUGAGAAGCACCGAGAUGAGAGUUCGGUUCAGCGGGAGCUUUCAGCGAUCUGUGAGACGCUGAAGCUGCCGGAGCCUGGAGGAAAAGAGGCAGCAGAGGUUUUUUCUCAAGUGAAAAACAAGGUGGAACAUUUGCUUCAAGAACUUCCUAAAGGUUUCAUUGGUUCUCCAGUGUUCCAGAAGUCUCUGAGCAGUGAGCAGUGGGAGAAGUUGCACGGCAUCAACACGAUUCUGUCGUCAGAGUACGAGUGUCGCCGCAGGAUGCUGAUCAAGCGGCUGGACGUCACCGUUCAGUCGUUCGGCUGGUCAGACAGAGCCAAGGUGAAGGUGGACAGCAUGGCCAGAGCCUACCAGCCCAAGCGCCACUCUCUGAAGCCUCAGUCCUCGGUGGACGUGGCCGAGCUGCUGGCGGCCAGGGAGGACAUCUGCAACGUGGUGAAGACCAGCACCGGCUCCAGCCGGGUGAACACCGCCUGCGCCGUCAACAAGGUUUUGAUGGGAAGAGUGCCGGACCGAGGAGGACGUCCCUCCGAGAUAGACGCCCCGCUGCCUGAGAUGCCCCCCUGGCAGAAGAGGCAAGAUGGAGGUGGAGGAUGGGGAGGGCGCGGCGGUGGCGGAGAAAGAGGCGGCGGCGGCUGGAGUCAAGGAGGUGGAGGAGGAUGGGGAGGUGGUGGAGGAUGGAAGGGAGGAGGAUGGAACCAAGGAGGACACAACAGACAUGGAGACUAUGGAGGACACGGAGGGAAGAGAGGACGAUACCAGUAUUAGCAUCUGCUGUGUUUUGAGUUUUCAUUUGAUCCAAAUGUAGCUAAAGUUGCACACCAUAAUCUAACAUGAACUCAACUCAGUCUAUAUCUGGUGGAACAAAACACUCAUCUGAUGCCAGCCAAUGGGAAACCUUCCCUCCUUAUUUUUUAUCAUCAGACUUUAGUAUUUUGUGUUGUUUUGUAUGUUUUAUGGGCAAAUCAGCUGUUGUUACUAGGGGUGCACUGAUUGAUCGGCCCCGAUUUCCUAAUUUUAUGUGAUCGGUCGAUACAUGUGAAGCCGAUCUAAUCCAUCAAUCUUAUCUACCUCCACAUCUGCAGUAGGAGGCAUGAUUUAAACAAUUAAAUUAGUUUACCUAAUUUAAUUGUUUAGACAGCAAAGCUCUAAACUUCUCAUUUUAUUUGAGAACACUACCUCAUGUGCGGUUAGAACGAGUUGUAUUGUUCAGUGUUUUCCAAAGGUGUAUUAUGACCUUAUAACACCUGACAGUGUCACUUAUCAAGAAAAUCAGUAUCUACCAGAACUGGAUUCAGCAAGUCAGGCUCUUUAGAGAUCGAUGAUCGGCCAGAAAACUGCAAUCAGUGCAUCUCUAGUCAUUACGAGCUCACAGGUAAUAAGUGGGUUAAAUUAAACUAAUGUAAUGUAGCUCCAAUUGGGAGCUACGGGUCGACAAACAAGACUUAUAGAACAGCUUUUCUGGAAAUUGUGUUUUAUUUUGUUAUUUAGCAACACUGUCCUGGGAAACUCAUCAUGGAAUGCUUCAAGAUGCUAAUUGUUUUACGUUUGACAAAAAAAA